UCUUCUCCACUCUCUCACUUUCUCUCUCUAAAGAUUCUCUCUUUCUCUCUCUAAGAAUUCUUUCUCGGAAAGGAGAAGAACGAACCAAAACCCUCUCUCUUUCAUUCUUUCUUCUUCUUCUUCUUCUUCUUAGAGAAAGAAUCGGCUUUCUGCGUUUUUGUUUCGCUCAAAAAUCUUCGCCUUGACUUGAUUUCUUCAAAUCGGAGAUAAUAGAAUCAAUGGCUGCCGUUAACGGAUAUGCUGAAACCAACAACACCACGGCGGGCCCCAACGCCGCUCCAGCCAAACAACCUUUGCCUCCGGCCAAGACCGUCGAUUCUCAGUCCGUUCUCAAAAGGCUGCAAUCUGAACUUAUGGCCUUAAUGAUGGGUGGAGAUUCUGGGAUAUCUGCUUUCCCUGAGGGAGACAACAUAUUCUGCUGGAAAGGGACAAUCAUUGGAAGCAAAGACACAGUCUUUGAAGGAACAGAAUACAGACUAUCUCUUUCUUUCUCAAACGAUUAUCCAUUUAAGCCUCCCAAGGUCAAGUUUGAGAAUGUCUGCUUUCAUCCUAAUGUGGAUCUUCAUGGAAACAUUUGCUUGGACAUUCUUCAGGAUAAAUGGUCGUCGGCCUACGAUGUCAGAACUAUACUGCUAUCCAUCCAGAGUCUGCUUGGAGAACCAAAUAUAAGCUCUCCAUUGAACUCACAAGCAGCUCAACUUUGGUCCAAUCAAGAGGAUUAUAGGAAGAUGGUUGAGAAAUUGUACAAACCUCCAACUGCAUAGUUUCAGAUUGAAGGGAGAUGUGUGUAUGUGUCAGUCAGUCAAUCACUUGGAAUGGAAUUAGUUAUACUCUCUCUCUCUGUUCUUUUUUUUAUGAGAGCAAAGAUGGAGAGCAAGCUUCUCUUUCUGAUGUGUUUCAUUCUUUUUUUUUUCCAUUAUUAUUGUUGAUGUUUCUCCUUACAGAAGAGGAACUUUAUGUACUGGUGAAACCAUUCGUGCAAUUCAAUUAAAUUGGAGUUUUAUUUUUCUUCC